AUGAAUCCUGACCCAAGCAGACAAUGGAAGAACCAAAGCACAGUGACAGAAUUCAUCUUGUUGGGAUACCAAGAACAUCGUAUGGUCCUCUUUAUUGCUUUUCUCAUCAUUUAUCUGGCCAUUUUACUUGGCAAUGGUCUGAUUGUAGUGGUGACAACAUGGGACCCUGCCCUGAAGACCCCCAUGUACUUCUUCCUCCGCAGCCUUUCAGGGCUGGAAAUGUGUUACACUUCAGUCACCCUCCCUAAGAUGAUGGCCAAUUUGGUCUCAGGCAACCUUUCCAUCUCCUUGACAGCUUGUGCUACGCAAAUGUUCUUUGUCCUCUUCCUGGGUGGAACAGAGUGCUUCCUGUUGGCAGCAAUGGCUUAUGACCGCUAUCUUGCCAUCUGUCUCCCUCUCCACUACAUGACAGUCAUGAGUCACAAGGUACAAGUAGGGCUGGUAGCUGGUUCAUUCGCCAUCAGUCUCCCAAUGCAGCUGAUCCAAAUUGGACUUAUCUUCUCCUUGCCUUUCUGUGGACCCAAUGAGAUUGACCACUUCUUCUGUGAUAUCCCACCUGUACUCAGCCUGGCAUGUACUGAUUUGUAUGUCAAUGAGUUGGCUGUGUAUACUGAGAACAUCCUCUUUGUUGUACUCCCCUUUGUGCUCAUCUUGGCUUCCUAUGCAUACAUCAGCAGAACCAUUUUGAGCAUGCCAUCAGGCAUUGGCCGUCAGAAGGCCUUUUCCACUUGUUCGUCCCACCUCACUGUGGUCAGUCUAUUCUAUGGCUCUGGGAUGAUUGUGUACUUGCCCCCAAAGACCAGUGAUUCUGUGAGAGCUAACAAAGUGCUCUCCCUGCUCUACACAGUCAUAAUUCCCCUUUGCAACCCUCUCAUUUACACUCUGAGGAACAGGGAGGUGAAGGCCAGCCUCAGUCGACUCUUGAGUCGGAAAGAGUUCUUCAAGGUGAAUACAGGAUAA